AUGGACGGACGGACGGGCAGUCAGGACGGACGGAUGGACGGACGGACGGGCAGUCAGGACGGACGAAUGGACGCGACGGAACGGGCAGUCAGCGACGGACGGACGGACGGGAUGGACGGACCGGACGGGCGUCAGGACGGACGGGACGGACGGACAGUCCAGGACGGAACGGACGGCGGACGGACAGUCAGGACGGGGACGGAGGGUAGUCAGGCGGACGGACGGACCGGACCGGGCAGUCAGGAGGAACGGACGGGCAGCUCAGGACGGAACGGACGGGCAGUCCGGCGACGGACGGCGGGCAAGUCAGGACGGACGGACGGACGGACGGACGGGCAGUCCACGGACGGACGGAGCGGGAGCGGGCAGUCAGGACGGACGGAACGGACGGGCAGUCAGGACGGACGGACGGACGGGCAGUCAGGAAGGACGGACGGACGGGGGCAGUCAGGACGGACGGACGGCGCAGUCAGGCCCGGACGGACCGGGCCAGUCAGGACGGACGGACGGGACGGGCAGUCAGGACGCGACGACGCACGGGCAGUCAGCGACGGACGGACGGACGGGCAGUCAGGACGGACGGACGGGACGGACGGGCGACGGACGGACAGGCGGAGGAACGGACCAGGACGGACGGACGCGGCGACGGACGGACGGACAGGACGCGACGGACGGACAGAACAGCGCACGGACCGGACCAGACGGGCAGCAGGAACGGACGGACGGAGGGCAGUCAGGACGGACGGGCAGUCAGGAAGGACGGACGGACGGGCAGUCAGGACGGACGGGCAGUGCAGGAGGACGGACGGACGGGCAGUCAGGACGGACGGACUGGACGGGCAGUCAGGACGGACGGAUGGACGGGCAGUCAGGACGGCACGGCGCAGUUCAGGAAGGACGGACGGGCAGUCAGGACGGACGGACCGGACGGCAGACGGACGGACGGGCAGACGGACGGACGGGCAGACGGACGACGGCAAGACGGACGACGGGCAAGACGGACGGCACGGGCAGACGGACGGACGCGGAGACGGCCGGACGGGCAGACGGACGGACGGGCAGACGGACGGGAAGACGGCAGACGGACGGACGGGCAGACGGACGGACUGCGCCCGGACGGAGGGGUUGACUGCCGCCGGACGGAGGGUUCGGACUGCCGCCCGGCACGGAGGGUCGGACUGCCGCCCGGACGGAGGGUCGGACUGCCGCCCCGGACGGAGGGUCGGACUGCCCGCCCGGACGGAGGGUCGGACGCCCGCCCGGACGGAGGGUCGGCACUGGCCGCCGCGACGGAGGGUCGGACUGGCCGGCGCGCGGACGGAGGGUCGGACUGCCGCCGGGACGGAGGGUGGACUGCGCCGACGGAGGGUCGGACUGCCGCCCGGACGGAGGGUCGGACUGCCGCCCGGACGGAGGGUCGGAUGUGCCUGCCCGGACGGAGGGUGCGGACUGCCGGCCCGGACGGAAGGGUGCGGACUGCCCGCCCGGAACGGAGGGGUCGGACCUGCCGGCCCCGACGGAAGGGUCGGACUGCCGCCCGGACGGAGGGUCGGACUGCCGCCGCGGACGGAGGGUCGGACAUGCCGCCCGGACGGAGGGUCGGACUGCCGCCCGGACGGAGGGUCGACUGCCGCCCGGACGGAGGUCGGACUGGCCGCCCGGACGGAGGGUCGGACUGCCGCCCGACGGAGGGUCGGGGGGCUGCCGCCCGGCACGGCCGGGUCCGGACUGCCGCGCCGGACGCGAGGGUCGGACUGGCCGCCGGACGGCACGGGUCGGACUGCCGGCCCCGCGACGGAGGGUCGGACUGCCGCCCGGCGGAGGGUCGGACUGCCGCCGGACGGAGGGUCGGACUGGCCCCCGGACGGAGGGUCGGACUGGCCGCCCGGAGGAGGGUCGGACUGCCGCCCGGACGGAGGGUCGGACUGGCGCGCCGGACGGAGGGUCCGGACUGCCGCGGACAGGAGGGUCGGACUGCCGCCCGGACGGAGGGUCGGAACUGAACGCCGGAACGAAAGAUUAAAUUACAACAGAUGGACAACAGAAUUGAGUAAAUCUGAUUAUGACAUGCUACAUCCUGACAUAUUUGUAAUAGCAAUUUUAACUAAUAACUAUAAAACUAAUAUUAGUGGUGAAGAAACAACAAAAAUGACAGGAGUUAUGCUUGUGACCCUGGGAAGCAAGCGGGUCCCAGUAGACCAGUCUAUUCAAUGCGACCUGACGACAGAUAACACACGCUCUGUUCCCGACGACUCUCGGCCAACUGUACUUCUUGAAGAGACAGCGAGUUGGGACUUGUUCAGAGAAAAAAUCAGAAAAGCCGAUAACUUUCAGGAGCCGGAGGAACUAAUGAGAUGCAUCUGGUUAGAAGAUUACUUCCAGAGAACGAAAAUGGUGUUUGGAAACCCUAUAAAAACAAGAGAUGGAGACAUUGGUAUUGUCACAGACGAACACAAAAACGAAGAAAAGUAUCCUGAACUCCUAGACGCAGAAGAUGUUGGUUCUAGCACCGGACAAAUUAAGCAUAUAGAAGCAUCAGAAUAA